AUCUGUUCAUCUCAUCGCGAUUAAACUUGUCUGUUUUCUACUAUUCUCUUAAAUGUGUGUUGUAUUUUUCUCCUCUAAUUUUAUUCAUAAAUAAUUGUAUUUGAAAGUUUUAGUUGAAAAUCUUUUUGUGCGAGUGCGCGAGCUAAUAAAAAAAAACACUGCGAUAUUUGUAACCAUAACCGUUAUUUAACGUGAUUUAACGCGUUUGUGGCGCAUUGGGUUCGUUUUUUUUCGACAGAAAACACGUGGUGAGAGGAAUAUUUUUUUUUGUUGCUGUAUAGGUGAAUUUGAAACAAAGAAAAGAAAUUCAGACGUCUGUUUAUUCAGUUUGGGAUAGAAAUUAAGAAAUGAUCAAAAUGAAGUAUUCCGAAAAUGCACAAAUUUAUUAUGGAGAUAAAUCGUUGAAUGAAUAUUUAUAUCAACUUGUAACAUUCGUUGGCUCCGAGGAUGACGAGGGAAAAAAAGAUGUCGAUAUUGUCCUAUCAAAAUGGAUUAGAUUCAGUGAGGAGGAAAAUAAAUUUUUCACUCGUUUUCCAUCGCCACCCUAUGACACCUGGACAAUGAAGGAAUUCAAUAAAUUAUUGAAAAAUUGCAUUUCGGCGCCUACUAUUUGGAUGGAGUACGAAGUUGAAAUCGAGAAUCACGCAAAAACUUUUUCUGAAGCACAGAAACUCUUUGAAGAAUUGAAGGCUGAAAUGAAGAAAAAAAAUUCCAAAAAUAAUUCUGAUAAAUCGAAGAAAACUGAUAAAAACAGAGGAAUUUUUAAUAUGGAAAAUUUAUUUGAUUCAAUGAACGAUUCUUUACUGCCUUACGUCUUAAUUGAAAAAUUGGAUUUUGUUGCGUCAGAAUGUACAACACCAAAGAAAAAUUCUUCUAAUGAAAUAAAUGAUAGUCAGGUGUCUGCAGUCUUGUCCUCACCGAGAAAUUCAAGAAAGCCACGAUCCAAAAUUCGGCAAACUGCUGUUCAAAGUUCCACACUUAAGAUGUUGGAUUCAAACAAUAUAAUUUUGAAUGAAAAGCGAAGUUUACGGAAAAGGAAGAAUUCACCGCUCGAGAAUUGUAUGGAUUUUCCAUCGAAAAAAUCUUAUAAGUCUCAAAAUGAUAACAAAAUCGUUAAUUUUGAAUCAGCGAUAUCUGACUUCAAUGGCAAUGAAAAAUCUGCAAAAAAUUUUGAAGUUACUGUAAAUCUAACAAUGUUAACGGAGCGAGAGUUGGAGCAAACGAAUAGUUUUAAUUUCCCGAUCGAAGAAUCGGGAUUGACAGUAGUUGACGUUCACAGGUGUUGUUCACCGGAUGAAGAAGUAGAAACAAUAAAUUCUACUCAACAGUCUGAGUUACCAAUUUGCAACUCAAACGAAAAUGAAAAUACUUCACAGAACGAAGACAUUGAUAAUAAUGAAAAUGCUCAGGUCGAAGAAUCGGAAAUGCCAGUGAUUAAAGUCAGUUAUUCACAGAUGCAAAGAGUAGAAUCAAAUUCUGUUGAAUCUACUCAACAAUCUGAGUUAACCACUUGCAACUCAAACGAAAUUGAAAACACUACAUUGAACGAAGACAAUGAAAAUAAUGAAAAUGCUCAGGUCGAGGAAUCGAAAAUGACAGCAGUUAAAAUCAGUUGUUCACAGAUGCAAAGAGUAGAAUCAAAUUCUGUUGCAUCUACUCAACAAUCUGAGUUAGCAACAUGCAACUCAAACAAAAGUGGAAACACUUCACGGAACGAUGACACUGAUAAUGAUGAAGCUAUAUUCAGUGAAGUAAUUACAGAAGAAGAAAAAGAAAAUUCGUCUCUAUUAUUUAAAAGGAUACUGAAAGCACUUAAUAUCAUUCAUCUAAGUCAAUUAGAUGCACAAGGAAGCCUUCGAGAUAUUAUGAAUUUAUCGACGAAUAACGAUUUGCAGCAAUCAUUUUUUGAUAAAUUAAAUUUUAUCUUACCAAAUUCAUCUGUGGACGAGAAUAAAACGAUGAAUAACGAUUUACAGCAAGCAUUUUUUGCUAAAUUCAAUUUAAUCAAACCAAUUUCAACUGUGGACGAAUUCAUCUUAUUUGAUGAUGAAUUGAAAUCGAAUGCAACAUUUAAAGAAAACUUUACACAAAUGUUGAAAAGUUUCAUAGACAGCGACAAGACAUUAUUGCAAUGUGUAAAUAAAAUUUUGAAUGAGUGCAUUGCAGUGGAAGUGAGAGCUCAAUAUAAUGCAACAACAGUAACAAAGAGCGAAUCAAGAAUUUUUAAAGAUACGGAAUUUUAUAAAAUCCUGCUGGAUUUAAUAACCAAAAAUUUUCAGAAACGAUCCAUUGAAGUAACGGAAGAUGAACUUUUAAAGCAUCUUGAGACAGUAUUUGGAAAUUCUUUCGAUUAAAAUGAAUACUCAAGAAGAGAGAAGGAAGUUAACAGAACAAAUUUUGAGAUUAUUUUCAGGAUAUUAUACUUAGUUUUUUAGUAUAAAAAAAAAGUAAAGAGUUAUUUUUUUAGUGAACGUUAUUUUUUUAUGCCAAAGUUUUGUGUUAGUCGAAGAGCUAAUUUAUAAGGAUUAUAAAAGUAUUAAAAUGUAUUACGUAACUAUUUUUUUUUAUGUUCUAAAUGUAAAAACAAAUUUUUUGAAAGAAAGUAUUUGAUUAAUAAUA